ACUGCUCUCUCUCUCUCUCUCUAACACAAACACACCAAAUAGCUUUUUGGGCAGUACAGUCUUUUUCCCCCCUGUUCCUCUUUAUAUGGACAACUUGAAAAACUCUUUUUUACAACACUUGGAACAGCAUUUGAGCUUCUCCUUUGAACUAUUUAUUUUUAACCCUGGCAGCUUUUAUUCCCAGAGAUUUGCAAACAUCUGCAGUGCAUAUAUGCAUUUGAUUUCAGACACGGGGACAUCUCAGAGUAUAGAAUAUCCUUGCCUUUUGUAAUAAUAUUCCUUUUUCCGAUACAGUAUAGCUGUUUAGUGUUCAACUAGGAUUCUAGGAGACUUAGGGUUGAAAUCCCAACUCAUCCAUGAAAUCCACUGCAUCACUUGGGCAAGUCACAUUUCUCAGACUCAGGGGAAGGCCAUGGCAAACCUCUUCCGAACAAUAUUUUCAAACCGUGGAUGCUUGAAUCCAUGGAUUAAAAAUUCACAGAUACAGACGGUUGACUACGUCAAACCUUGUGGAUUAGAUUUCACUCUGUGGGAAAGAGUAUCCACAUGCAUUUAGCUAUUUCCUUGUGUUUUUCCUCAGGGCAUUAGGCACAAAGCCCUCCUGGAUAAAUGGGCUAAUUGAAGCCUUGUUGCGGUCUACCCAAGCCAAUGUCAUUGCUGUGGACUGGGUCCAGGGAGCAACAGCUGCCUAUCAUACUGCAGUAGAGAAUGUUAUGAAGCUGGGACUGGAGAUAUCCAGUUUCAUCCGAAGAUUGCUGGCCACAGGAGUGCCAGAGACAUCCAUCCACCUUAUUGGGGUGAGCCUUGGUGCCCACGUUGCAGGCCUGGUGGGCCAUUUUUUUGAUGGCAGACUGGGAAGGAUUACUGGUCUGGAUCCUGCUGGGCCCAAAUUUACCCGAGCCAGCCGUGAAGAGCGCCUGGAUCCUGGGGAUGCUCUCUUUGUGGAAGCUGUUCACACAGAUGCAGACAAUUUUGGCAUCAGGAUACCUGUGGGACACAUUGAUUACUACAUCAAUGGAGGCAAAGAUCAGCCUGGCUGUCCCCGUUUCAUCUCAUCUGGCUAUCGCUAUCUCAUCUGUGAUCAUAUGAGAGCUGUGCAUUUCUAUAUUAGUGCCUUGGAAGACUCCUGUCACAUGAUGGCUUUCCCUUGCUCCAGUUAUCAGAAUUUCUUAGCUGGUGACUGCUUAGACUGCUUUAAUCCUUUUCUGCUCUCUUGUCCCACAAUAGGAUUGUUGGACAAUGGAGGAGUCAACAUGAAAAAACUGCCCACAGAGGUAAAAGUCUACCUGGCCACAGCUGCAUCUCCACCAUACUGUGUAUACCAUAGCCUCGUGGAAUUUCACUUACAGCAGAUGACAACUUUGAAUAUCAACAUUGAGAUAACGUUCCUCAGUAGCAACUCCUCAUUCAACACAAACAUUAUUAUACCCAAGCAGCAGACCCUGGGCAAAGGCCUGCUGAUGCACUCUGCUCCACUGUGCCAGAUGGAAAGCGUGACGCUGCUGUACCGUCCUUCCAAGAUCUGGAGUAGGAGGAAAGAUGGUACCCCCAUUGUUGGCCAGUUCUGUGCUGCACAGUUGCCAGUAGAUAAAGGGAAAAUGUUCUGCCUGUCUCAGAUGCUGUCUCUGACUGGAAGUGUACCCCUUUUCCAUCGCCUCACAGUAGCUUGUAUCUAACACAGCUGGGGAAGGGGGAACAAAAAACAAUUGCAAGCCUCUAAGCACGAGGAGGGCAUAACUAGUAGUGAAAGUAAUUUGAACACAUGUUUUCUGACCUGAGAAAGAAAGUAAAUGUGUGUUCAUUUCCACUGCAGCUUACAAGCUAUGCCUGCUUUUAGCCUACACUUCUCAGGUUUGCAUCUAAGGAGAUCACAGGUGGAAUGUAUAGACAGGAUGGUAACGCAGAAAUGGAAACAUCUUCAUCAUUUGCCAUCCAACUGUGGCUGUUCUGCUCCAAAGUUGUGAUCUGAGAGUGGGAUGGUAAAUGCAGACUUGAAGCAGAUACUGGAUGUGUAUGUGUGUUUUUAAUAUCUUUAUGCAUGUCAUUGUACAGCUCAUUACUAAAGAACAAAAGACUGAAUCAAA